AUGAAAAGAAGGAGAGGAGAUUUCGUCCCACCACGUCAGCAAGUGCAAGAUGUGCCAGUGUGGGGGGAUUUUGAGGACUUGGCAUCAGAUUUGCACAACUCUGUGCUCGACCUAUCCUAUCCGAUGGCUGAUCUCAUCAAUGUUUGGUCGCGCAUUUUGGCCUUGAGGAGCCAUUGGAUUCAGCUGGAUGCUGAGGGCCGUGUUGAAUGGCCGAGCAUUAGCCCUCCGACAAAGGGGGGAAAAGGUGUCAAUGGUGGACGAGCAUGGACGCAACAAAGCGGCUUGCGCCGGGAUGCAUGGUCACAGCCGGCACAGCCGGCAGGGGCCGGACCUGCAUGGUCAGAACACGGCGCGACAGAUCAAUUCGGCGGCCCACAGCGUGGUGCAGAGGUCCAGGCCAAUCCAAUAGACAACUGGAAGGGUAAGCUACAGCAGGCUUACAGCAAGCAGCUUGGUGCCAAAGCUAUACAGAAGGAUGAAAUUUCUUACACUAUCGAGCGUGUGGGAACACGAUUCCAAGCUACCGUGCAAGCACCAGGUCUGAGCGAGCCAUUCACAGGAGACGUCUGCAGCAGCAAGAAGUUAGCCGAGCAUGCGGCUGCCAGGGCCGCCAUUUGUUCGGACUUCCCCCAGUUUGCCGAUGCCGGCGUGUCUGCCAAGCCCGCGGAGCCACAACAGAACGCCAGAAUGAAGUUGAACGAGAUGCUCUCCCUGCUUCUGGGCCGGCAAAGCACCAAGGAGGACACGCACUACGAGAUCGUGCCCGAACGAACGGGCAAGGGCCAAACGUUUGUUUGCAACCUCCGCUUGGUGUGCUACGAGGAGCCCAUGCUGUUCCAGGCCGUGGGGGCACCAACCAAGAAGCUCGCGGAGCAGGAAGCCGCGGAGGCAAAUAGUGUGAGACUUGUGACAUUCACUGGGGCAUUUGGAGAGGUGUUUGUUUUGGUGCAUGUCAUGGUCUCGUGUCUGGGACGACCCCGCAAAGCUUUGAUGCUGAAAGAGCCUGCGACAUAA